CAUUUGGAACACUGAGCUGGGGGAGGGGCUUGGACUCUUUCCAUAAGGCACCUGCCGGCCACUGCCAAUCAAACUGGAGUUGGCAGUUGAGAUUAAACGGACUUUCAUUCCUGGCCAGCACCCUGGUGGAGUGAAGAGCCGCGUCAGAGCAGCACGGGAGGGUACAGUUGAGAAAUUUCAGGGGAGCUCAUCUGUGAAGACUCCAAGGCCGGGCUGCCGGGCCAGAAGCUGAGAGUCACCCAGGACUUGGACAGAAAACCUGGCCCAUGAGGCCCUCAGGGCCAAUGCCCUUGGUCAGUGCCUAGCACCCUGGAGGACCUUGAGGAAGCCUUAUGUGUGUGCUUGGUGGAAGAACAGAGCUAUGGAAAGACUUCCUAAGACCAAACUUGACCCCCAGGGAGACCCGAACAGGGAGCUGUGAGGGGAGCCUAACCUGGUGACCAGGACAUCAGGACAGCGAUCUCUCCAGCACAGUGUGCUCAGUGGCUCAGAGCAGUGUUGCCUGCCUGUCCCAGUCAGGUUGGGCUGAGCUGCGUAGCAGAAACACUUGGCCCCCCGAUUUCUGGGGCUCGGCUCUCACCCUUGCCAAGGAUGCUGCGGUCAGGGCCACUGGGGGUCAGCCCUGCACCCUCCUCAGAGCUGCCAGCCCCUUGCAGAAGGCACCCUCUUCAUGGAAAGCCCCAUGCAGUGGCCCCCUGGUGAUGGCAUCCGACACUGAUGUGAAGAUGCUGCUGAAUUUCGUCAACCUGGCGUCCAGCGACAUCAAGGCCGCCCUGGACAAGUCCGCACCCUGCCGCCGCUCUGUGGACCACCGCAAGUACCUGCAGAAGCAGCUCAAACGCUUCUCGCAGAAGUACUCCCGGCUCCCAAGGGGCCUUCCUGGCAGGGCAGCUGAGCCUCACCUGAGAAGGGGACCCCAGGACCGGCCCGGGCGGCUGGCCCUCCAUCCCGGCCCCGAUUCCAGCCCUGGUGGGGGUGGGGGCUGCAAGGAGAAGGCUUUGGGGAGUCCCUUUGGGGAGGAAUGUCUUUCCAAGGAGCAGAACCUCCAGGGCCCAGGAGCUGCCAAGCCUGGCCAGGUGCCCAUGCGGAAAAGACAGCUGCCUGCUUCCUUCUGGGAAGAGCCGAGGCCCACCCACAGCUACGCCAUGGGGCUGGAGGGGGGACUGGGCCCUAGGGAGCGAUCUCCCUAUGAGAGUAAGAAAAAUUGCAAGGGCUUGGAGUCCAUGGUGCCUGAGGCUGCCCCAGGGCCCAUGUCCCCAAGGGCACUGGCUGACAAGGAGCCACUCAAGAUGCCCGGGGUCUCCCUGGUCGGCUGUGUUGAUGCUUGGAGCUGCUGCCCCUUCCAGUACCAUCGACAGCCUAUCUACCCUGGCCCUCCAGGGGCCCUGCCUCCGAGCCCCAUGCCCAGCCUUGGCCUGUGGAGGAAAAGCCCAGCUUUGCCCCCAGAGCAGGCCCACUUCUGCAAGCGCGUGGAUGGCCCAGGGCAGAAGGUGUACAGACCCGUGGUUCUGAAGCCUAUCCCCACCAAGCCAGCCAUGCCCCCACCCAUUUUCAACAUCUUCGGCUACCUCUAGCUAGGCUGCCAGGGUCUGGGCCACCUCCUGCGGCCUGCGGGACAUCAGGGACCCAAGGAGCUGUCUCUGGAAGGAAGGGGCUGGGCAGAGGAGUGGCCUGGGCAUUCCAAAGGCCCCUUCCCUUUGUGCAUUCUGAGGACAGUCUUGGGGCAGGGGUUUCUCAGGCAGUCACUGGCUCAGACCCUGCAACUGUGGGGCUGGACAGGGCUGGCCUCUCCCCAGCCCAGCCAGACCCCACCAGAUCCUUCCCUGACCCUGUGCAGACCACCGGCAGUGGGACCUGGCUCAGCCCACCAGCCACCCAAAUGCCACUUACACACCCACUGUUUAAGCCAAUUUCAGUUGUUGUUCUUUUUGUUCUUUGUAAAUAUUGAGAAUGUUAAUAGAAUAAAGACAUUUCUUUUGCAGUUUCCA